AUGUUACGGAUUCUGGAGAGGGUCUCUAGGCCUAACACUAGUUUUGGAGGCUGUGGGUCGAUUACGAAACGACUCCGGUCCAAUGGGGCUGAUGUAUUUAGGGGUAUCGCUAAAGUUGCUUCUAAUGAGGCCGAGUACUGGAUGGAGGCCACGGAACGUAUUAUGGAUGACCUAAAAUUCACUACUGAGCAAAAGUUUAGGGGAGCUGUGUCUUUGCUUCGUGAUGAGUCAUACCAGGGCUGGUUGACGGUUAAGGAAGGCAUUCAGCCCGACUGGUUGACAUGGGAUCUGUUUAAGAUGGCUUUCCAGAGCAAAUAUGUGGAGGCUAGUUAUAUUGACGCUAAAAGUUGUGAGUUCCUGAAUCUCACCGUAGGAGAUCGUUCAGUGACUGAAUAUGAGGCCGAAUUUUUAAGGUUGAGCCGUUAUGUGCGAGGCAUGGUGGCGACUGAAUAUGAACAUUGUGUCCAUUUUGAGGAUGACAUCAAGGAUAACUUGAGGAUGCUGAUAGCUCCGCAGAGGGAGCGUGAGUUUGCUGUGUUGGUCAAGAAGGCUAAGAUUGCUAAGGAAGUAAAGUGCACUGAGCGCCAAAAUCGAGAUAGAGAGAAGGCCAAGAGGGAUACAAAGCCUUCGAAUUCUGGGAUGAAGCCUAGAAAAAUAGCCAGGACUGAUGGGCCGGUAAGAGUUGGGCUUAUUACUGCACCUUCUAGGGUAACGAUCUAUCACCACUGUAAUAGACGCCAUCUGGGAGAGUGUUGGAGGGCUACGGGAGCGUGUUUGAGGUGUGGGUCUACUGAGCACCGUGUAAAAGACUAUCUAUUGAGGAUUAAUCAGAUACAAGCUCCGACUAUUGAGACUGAAUAG